AUGAAAACUCUAAUUUUUGCAUCAAACCCAUCUCUCCAUUUCUCAAAACAAAAGAUAUUUCCAAGUUUUGACCACAAAGGGUUCUCCAACAUUCCAUUAACCACAUUGAAGACACAAGCAAGUGCCAAAGGGUUGUCCAACACAAGACCAUCAUCAUCAAAGGAUAAAACUAAGGAUGAUGUGAUUACUAUGAAAAAGAAUCCCAACAACAACAACAAUGAUGAUGAUGAUAUUACUAAGGUAGUUAUGUAUAGAAUAGUAGGUAGAAUAUUGGUUAGUGUUUUAGUUCCAAUGGGAAUAGGAUUAGGGUUUUUGCAUCUUUAUGGUGAGUUAAAGGAUAGAGAAAUAUGGAAUGCUCCAUUAUGGAUACCAUUUUUGACAACACUUAUAACAUUUGGAGCUUCUGCACUUGGAAUUGCAUAUGGUGUAUUGUCUACUAGUUUGGAUGAAGAAAGGGAAGGUUCUUUGCUUGGAUUUCAAGAACUUGAGAAGAAUUGGGUUGAAAUGUGGCAACAAGAAGAUGUAAGUGAUGAUUAA